CCAUGCACUGCACCGCCGGGCCGCUCCCGCAGCAGCCCUGGCUCCCGGUAACCCGCUCCGGGGAGGGGCCGGUGGUGUCCCCGGCGGGCUCAGCGGAGCUUCGCGCAGCCCGUGCGGGCGGACCAGCGCGGGGGAGUCCCCGAGUCCGGGCGGAGAAGCUCGCGUGGGCUCGAGCCCGCAGACGAGCCCCAGCGGGAGCCCCGCGCGCUCCCGGCUCUGCCGGAGGGCGCAGCGCAGCCGCUGCCGCUGGUUCCUCCCCGGCCAGCCUCCAGCCCCGCCUCCUGGCUCCAGCCCCACAGGGGCGCACCCCUGGGCCCCAGCGCAGCGGCUCUCCGGGGCCGGGCGGGGCGGGGAGCGGAGCGGGGCCGGGCUAAGUCGGGGGCCGGGAGCAGGACCAGACCGCUCACCCCAGGGCUCGUGCGCGGUCCCAGCGGCUCCUGCUCCCCCCGGGCUCCCCAGCCAUGGCCGUGCCAAGCCCCGGCAAGUUCCAGUUCGCCAUCGACCGCGGUGGCACCUUCACCGACAUCUUCGCCCGCUGCCCCGGGGGGCGCGUCCGGGUGAUGAAGCUGCUGUCCGAGAACCCGGCCAACUACCGCGAUGCGCCCACGGAGGGCAUCCGCCGCAUCCUGCAGGAGGAAUGCGGCACUCCCUUUCCCCGCGACCACCCUCUGGACGCAUCGCGGAUAGAGUGGAUCCGCAUGGGGACCACGGUGGCCACCAACGCCCUGCUGGAGCGCAAGGGGGAGCGGAUCGCCCUGCUGAUCACCAAGGGCUUCCGGGAUCUCCUGCACAUCGGCAACCAGGCCCGGCCCAGAAUCUUUGACCUGGCGGUGGCAAUGCCCGAGGUGCUGUAUGAGGAGGUGGUCGAGGUGGAUGAGCGAUUGAUCCUGCACCGCGCCGGCUGCCAGCUCCCCGGGGCUGACCCCAGCCAGGCGCUUUCAGGCGUGAUGGGGGAUUUGCUGGUGGUGCAGCGCCCCGUGGACCUGGCCGUGCUGCGGAGAGACCUGCAGCGGCUGCUGGCGCGGGGGAUCCGGAGCCUGGCAGUGGUGCUCCUGCACUCCUACGCCUGGCCAGCCCAUGAACAGCAGGUGGGGGCACUGGCCUGGGAACUGGGCUUCCAGCACGUGUCUCUGUCCUCCUCGGUGAUGCCCAUGGUGCGGGUGGUGCCACGUGGGUACACCGCCUGUGCCGACGCCUACCUGACCCCCUGCAUCCGCCGCUACCUCGAUGGCUUCCGCGCCAGCUUCACCCAGCAGCUCCAGGACACCCAGGUGCUCUUCAUGCGCUCCGACGGGGGCCUGACCCCCAUGGGGCAGUUCAGUGGCUCCCGGGCCAUUCUGUCUGGCCCCGCCGGCGGUGUUGUGGGCUACGCGAUCACCACCUACAGCCAGGAGGACGGGCAGCCUGUGAUCGGCUUUGACAUGGGAGGCACCUCGACGGAUGUCAGCCGCUACGCCGGCGAGUACGAGCACGUCUUCGAGGCGACCACGGCCGGGAUCCGCAUCCAGGCCCCCCAGUUGGACAUCAACACUGUGGCGGCCGGCGGCGGCUCUGUGCUCUUCUUCCGGUCCGGGCUGUUUGUGGUUGGUCCCGAGUCCGCGGGGGCCCAUCCUGGCCCCGCCUGCUACAGGAAAGGGGGCCCCCUGACAGUGACCGACGCCAACCUGAGCCUGGGCCGCCUGCUGCCCCAUUACUUCCCCCACAUCUUCGGGCCGGGUGAGGACCAGCCGCUGUCGCGGGACGCCGCCCUGCAGGGCUUCCAGGAGCUCACUGCCCGCGUGAACGCCUUCCUGGCCAGCCAGGCGCCAGGCCCCCGUCCCCCUCUCACCGUGGAGGAGGUGGCCAUGGGCUUCAUCCAGGUGGCCAACGAGGCCAUGUGCCGGCCCAUCCGCUCCCUGACCGAGGCGAGAGGCCAUGACACCUCGCACCACGUACUGGCCUGCUUUGGGGGUGCAGGGGGGCAGCACGCCUGCGCCAUUGCCCGUGCGCUAGGCAUGAAGAGGGUGUUCAUUCACAGGCACAGUGGGAUCCUGUCGGCCUACGGCCUGGCCCUGGCGGACGUGGUACACGAGGCCCAGGAGCCCUGUUCCCUGCACUAUGGGCCCGAGACCUAUGCCCAGCUGGACGAGCGCCUGGCAGCGCUGGAGACAGAGUGUGUGCGGGCCCUGCAGGCCCAGGGCUUCCCCAGGUCUCAGAUCUGCACACAGCCCUUCCUGCACCUGCGCUACGAGCGCACGGACUGCGCCCUCAUGUGCUCGGCCAAGGGGCACCCGGCCACAUCCGAUUCCUGCCGGGCCGGGGACUUCCGUGCCGCCUUCUCCAGCAGGUACCUGAAGGAGUUUGGCUUCACCAUCCCUGGGCGCCCUGUGGUGGUGGAUGACGUGCGUGUGCGAGGCAUUGGCAGCACCAGGACUGGCCAGGACGAGCUAGUCGCGGCCAGCGGCAGACCCGCCCGUGUGGAGACGGUGACCCGCUGCUAUUUCGCUGAUGGCUACCUGGACACCCACGUGUACCUGCUGGAGGAUCUGUCCUGGGACCACUCCAUCCCUGGCCCCAGCAUCAUCAUCGAUAAGAACAGCACCAUCCUCAUCGAGCCGGGCUGCACGGCCUCCAUCACCCGCCAUGGGAACAUCAGCAUUGCCGUGGGCUCCAAGAAGCAGGGCCCCAUCAGCACCCAGCUCGACACCAUCCAGCUCUCCAUCUUCUCCCACCGCUUCAUGGGCAUUGCAGAGCAGAUGGGCCGGAGCCUGCAGAGAAUGGCCAUCUCCACCAACAUCAAGGAGCGGCUGGACUUCUCGUGUGCCCUCUUCGGGCCGGACGGGGGGCUGGUGUCCAACGCUCCCCACAUCCCCGUGCACCUGGGUGCCAUGCAGGAGGCCGUCCAGUUCCAGAUCCGGAACCUCGGGGCUGACCUGAACGAGGGUGACGUGAUCCUCAGCAACCACCCAUGUGCGGGGGGCAGCCACCUCCCAGACCUGACUGUCAUCACACCUGUGUUCUGGCCAGGGGUGCCAAGGCCCGUGUUCUUCGUCGCCAGCCGUGGGCACCACGCAGACAUCGGCGGCAUCACGCCUGGCUCCAUGCCCUCGCACUCCAAGGCGCUGCAGGAGGAAGGCGCCGUCUUCGUCUCCUUUAAGCUGGUGAAGGCCGGUGUCUUCCAGGAGGAGGCUGUGACCGAGGCCCUGAUGGCUCCCAGCCGCAUCCCAGGCAGCAGCGGCUCCCGCAAACUCCAGGACAACCUGUCGGACCUACGGGCGCAGGUGGCGGCCAAUCAGAAGGGGAUCCAGCUGGUGAGCGAGCUGAUUGGCCUGUACGGGCUGGAGGUGGUGCAGGCCUACAUGACACACAUCCAGGCCAACGCGGAGGUGGUGGUGCGGGAUAUGCUGAAGGACUUCGCCGCUCGCUGCGGGGGAGCGACGCGCCCCAUAGCAGUGCAGGCGCAGGACCACAUGGACGACGGCUCCCCAAUCCAGCUGAAGGUGGAGGUGGACCCACAGGAGGGCAGUGCAGUGUUUGAUUUCUCCGGCUCUGGCCCCGAGGUGUACGGGAACUGCAACGCGCCCCGUGCCAUCACCCUCUCGGCACUGAUCUACUGCCUGCGCUGCAUGGUGGGCCAGGACAUCCCGCUCAACCAGGGCUGCCUGGCCCCGGUGCAGGUUCUCAUUCCCAAGGGCUCCAUCCUGGACCCGUCCCCGGAGGCUGCCGUGGUGGGAGGCAACGUGCUGACCUCACAGAGGGUGGUGGACGUGAUCUUCAGGGCCUUUGGGGCCUGCGCUGCCUCCCAGGGCUGCAUGAACAACAUCACGUUUGGGAACGAGCACAUGAGCUACUAUGAGACGGUGGCGGGCGGCGCGGGGGCCGGGCCCCACUGGCAUGGGCGCAGCGGGGUGCACACCCACAUGACCAACACCCGCAUCACUGACCCCGAAAUCCUGGAGAAACGGUACCCAGUGAUCCUGCGCUGCUUCGAGCUGUGCCGGGGCAGCGGGGGCAGCGGGCGGUUCCGGGGUGGGGACGGGGUGAUCCGCGAGCUGCUCUUCCGCGAGGAGAUGGUGCUGUCGGUGCUGAGCGAGCGCCGGGCCUUCCGCCCCUACGGCCUGCACGGGGGGGACUCUGGCUCCCCCGGGCUGAACUUGCUGAUCCUCAGAGACGGACGAAUCAUCAACCUGGGGGGCAAGACGUCAGUGCGAGUGCUCCCCGGGGACGUCUUCCGCUUGCAGACCCCUGGCGGGGGUGGCUUUGGGUCAGCUGCUGACACCGGGGACUCCAUGGAGCGGCACCAGCCGUCUGACGCCAGGAGCUUCCCGGAGCGUGGCAGCCUGUACGACUAUCGCCUGGCGCAGGAGAUGGCGUGAGGGCCCGGGCCGGGGUGUGGGAUGAGCCGCCCAACGGCUCUGCCCCGGUGCAGUGCGGGCUCUGGCCCCCUCCCCUAUCCUGUCCUCCUAAUGCGGGAGCAUGCUCUAAUGGGCCAGGACUCCUAGGUUCCAGUCAGCUGGGCCCUGCCUCGCUGUAUGACCUUCCCUGAGUCCCUGCCCCUCUCUGCCCCACUUGCAGGGGUCAUUCCUGGGCAUUUGCAGAGGGUUUGGGACUCAUGGGGCUGGAGGUGCAGUUAGGGGCCCGAGCCAGGGCCUGUGGUGGCUGGGGCCAUGGGAACUCCCCUCCACGUGUACUGGAGCUGAAUCUCCCUGCUCUGUCAGCCCCACGGGGCCCCUGCUGCUCUCGGGGCGCAUCCCCGCCCCGCCAUGGAGGAGGGGCGUUAAGGGAGCUGCCUGGGGGGAGCGAGAGCAGCAUUUGCCCUCCGCCUCCAGCAGCGAGGCGCCGAUGCAGCAGUUCGGGUUCUCUCCAGGGAAGGGCGGCAUUUGCCCCAUCACAGGGUGUGGUAAGAUGAGGCCAUGAAACAUAAACCCUCGGUAUCAGAGGCCCGGUAUGAGGCCUGAGCUAAAGUAAUGGUCAAGACUUUGCUAACACAAAGCAAAGUGAAGCUGUGAGCCAGAGGCAGGCCCUGCUCACAGAAGCUGGCAAGAAGGCUGCUAAUUGGACGUAUACACAUAGCUAAAGGGUAUCAAGCACUAAUAGGAUAAACAUGGACCAGGAUGGCACCAGAACAGUCCGGUACAAACACAUUCCACAGAGAUAAUGAGGAACAGGCUGAACCAUCCUAAAAGACAGGGUCAAAAGGAUAAUCUGAUGGACAGACUUGUUCUAACCCACAUGUACCAGGGGAGAGGCAGCACCCCAACACGCAGAGGGGUUGCACCUCGAUACGUCAGGAGUGAUGUGUAAUUUGUACCUGUGAAUAAGAAUUUACCUGAGGAGUUGUCUUUGUCUGGCCUGGGGGGCAGUGGAGAGUCCCGCCACUGACUGAGCCGGUCCAUUGUCGGGGGGCCACAUAUUCGUAGUACGUCCUGUAGAGUCUGCGGAAAACUAUUCCCGUGCUUCGUUUGACAAUAAACCUGGCCGGGUGCCUUCGUACCUUA